GGGAAGCAAAACUAGUGCCGCUUGUAGCAUCAGUUGUCAUUGGCAGUCAGGGGCUGCACCUGACAAUUCUUUGACAUACUUGUGAGCACAAAUGUCAAUUACAGAUUAAUGUAUUAAAAGAACAUUGCUGGUUAGGUUAAGAUCAAGAACCGCUCAUCGCCAAGGGACCACCGGUGACAUUACAUCAAUCACACGGCAGGCUAGCAUUUAGCUAGCUAGCUUUGAUGCCAGUAACAAUGUUGCAAACAGCAAUGGAUCUACCAGUCGAGAGCAAAAUAUUUUACGCCGUUUUGCUGUUCUCGUGGGUUGUGUAUCUAUGGGAAGCUUAUCUUGCCUCCAGACAACGGAGGAUAUACCGGACCACCACUCAUGUACCACAUGAGUUGGGGAAAAUCAUGGAUUCAGAGACAUUUGAGAAAUCCCGCCUGUAUCAGCUGGACAAAAGUAACUUUGGUUUCUGGUCUGGACUCUAUUCAGAGGCAGAGGGCACGAUGAUUCUUGUUCUAGGUGGGAUCCCCUUUCUCUGGAGUAUAUCAGGAUCUGUGAUAGGACGUUUUGGUCUGGGCCCAGAAUAUGAGAUUUCACAAUCCUUGGCUUUCCUAACGUUAGCAACCCUUUUCAGUGCCUUUACUGGCCUUCCGUGGAGCCUCUACAACACGUUUGUCAUUGAGGAGAAACAUGGAUUCAACCAACAGACCAUUGGUUUCUUCCUGAAGGAUGCACUGAAGAAGUUCCUGGUGACCCAGUGUAUUCUACUGCCAGUCACAUCACUGUUACUUCACAUCAUCAAGAUCGGGGGAGAUUACUUUUUCAUCUACGCCUGGCUUUUCACUCUGGCUGUUUCUUUGGUGCUGGUCACCAUCUAUGCUGACUACAUCGCCCCUCUGUUUGACAAGUUUACUCCUCUUCCUGAGGGAGAGCUGAAGGAGGACAUCGAGAGCAUGGCCAAGUCCAUCAGUUUCCCUUUGACUAAAGUUUAUGUGGUCGAAGGUUCCAAGCGUUCAUCUCACAGCAAUGCUUAUUUCUAUGGGUUCUUCAAAAACAAGCGCAUUGUGCUGUUCGAUACGCUUCUUGAAGACUACUCUCCUCUGAAUAAAGAAGGAGAGGGUGAGGGGGACCAAGAAAAGGAGAGUGAUGUGCCAGAGGAGAGCAAUGCCAAGCCAAAGAACAAAAAGCAAGGUUGCAGUAACCCUGAAGUUCUCGCUGUUCUUGGACAUGAGCUUGGACACUGGAAACUCGGUCACACUGUGAAGAACAUAGUCAUUAGCCAGAUGAACUCCUUCCUCUGCUUUUCCCUGUUCGCGGUUCUGAUUGGCCAGCGAGAGCUCUUCCUCGCCUUUGGUUUCCAUGACAGCCAACCCACUCUCAUUGGCCUCAUGAUCAUCUUCCAGUUCAUCUUCUCCCCGUACAAUGAGCUCCUGUCCUUCUGCCUGACGGUGCUGAGUCGCCGGUUCGAGUUCCAGGCGGACGCGUUCGCCAGAGGCAUGGGCCGCGCCACUGAGCUCUACUCGGCCCUCAUCAAGCUCAACAAGGACAACCUGGGCUUCCCCGUGGCCGACUGGCUCUUCUCCAUGUGGCACUACUCCCACCCUCCCCUGCUGGAGCGUCUCCGGGCCCUGGGCGGUGUGGGCGGGGGCCCCAAGCAGGAUUGACGGCACCUGAAGGGGGGGCGGCGUUUGUCAGACACCCCCAAGGGCCUCCGACGGCCCCUGUUGGUGGUCUAGCAUAGCAACCUCUUUCUCUCUCUCUCUCUCUCUCUCUCUCUCUCUCUCUCUCUCUCUCUCUCUCUCUCUCUCUCUCUCUCUCUCUCUCUCUGUCUUUCUCAUUUGGUUUCCUUCAUUCCAUACUAUCUCAGUUUCACACACGGUCAUCCCCUGUACUGUAUGGUUUUUUAAAUAUUCAUUCGUUGUUCUCAUUUGCUCCCCUACAUUUGCAACUGGAACCUGUGCACAAACCAGCCCUGUGAGGUGGACCUCAUGGAGCUUCUGGUGUUCGUCAGACCUCAGGUUGCCUUUUUAGAAGUCGUCUUUAUUAUUAUUAUGACGUGUGUUUAAGUGUUUUACCUAGGCUUGCUUUUCCUUUUGCUCGCUUUGUUUUUUUUUCUUCAUCCUGAUUUAACAUGCCCAUUCCUUGUAGCAAGCGCUGCCUCCUUCAUUGUACAAACUCUGGAAUUCCCAUCUUACACUGAACUUGUUAAGGACUGAUGAAAAAGAUGUGAACUAGUGCUAUUAGUUUGGAACCACUUGCGCUCAUUUGAUAAAGGAAAACAUCAAUUAAUAAUUAGUAAUUAGUAAUUACUGGGAGAAAAAGGGAUGGAAUGCGACCAAAUAUUCUUUUCUGGCACUUCAUCUGGGUAUGUUUAAUCACUUCCAGGGUAUUUUUAUCCACCAGAUCAGUGUGGGGUGGAGGGUUUCUCUCAUAUCUAACCCUUUCCCCAUCCUUCCACAGAUAUUAAAACCCCAUGUGUCCGCGUUUUUUACAAGGGACUGGGGAUAACUUUGAGAGCUUUUAAAGUUUAUGAGUUACCAGUCAUAAGACAAACGAAAAUGUUGCUUUUUGGUAAUUUCAAACAUUAUUUUAGGAUUAUGUAUUUGGCCAGGUAGACAAAUGACGAAAAUGAUGUAAAUAUUUAAUUUGUGAUUUAAAAACAGAACUUUGAAGAACAGUCGGCAGAGUCUGAACUUUGUCUGUGUUUGGCAAUUCUGUUUAAACUGUGAUUUAGUUUUUUGUUAUUAUUAAUUCAGUGCCUGGGUGUGUGAGAUGUACAGCGAAGUUUGAAGAAAUGUGAAAAAGCGUUACUAUUAUGGUUAAUUCAAGGAAUUUGGUUUUGUAACAAGCUGGCAUGUUUUCUGCAAAGAGGUCUUUCUUUUCAGCAAUGUAUCAGUAAAAUGAGCAAGUACCACCACUGAUGAAUUGCUUGUCACCUAGAAAUGGUUUGAGUUAGGUAGACAGGUUCUUGCUCACGGAUCCUUGCUCAGGACAGUGUUUCGCUGAUGUGUUUUUUUCUGCAUUGGUAAUAAAAACUACACAUAUGAUUCCU